AUGCCAAUCUCCCCAACGAAGCUACAGGCGAAAGGUAUGCAGAAUGAUGAGCAAACAGCAUUCUUCAUGGAGGACUGGGAGCCUACUUUGGACAUUGAGGCUGGCUGGAGUGAAGAUGAACGCGGGGAGCACGACGGUCAAGAAAUCAUCGACAAACCCUUGGUCAAGCAUUACAUAAAUUCGGAUUCUCCAUUACAAGAGUGGAUGGGAUAUGACGGGCGUCCCGGUUAUCGAGAGGAGUUUCUCCUUGAAGAUCUGCGACUAGAGGGUCGUGGUAGUGCAGGACUGCUCGGCUGCUCAUGCAAAAGAUUGGAUGAAAAUAACCAUCCAAUACCAAGCUUAUUCCGGUGCGAGGAAUGCUUUGGGUGUGACAUAGUUUGCCAGGAAUGCUGCCUUGAUCGCCACAAGCGCUUGCCAUUGCAUGUCAUUAACAAAUGGAACGGUCAAUAUUUUGAACGUACAUCAUUGAAGGACAUAGGCCUGCGUGUGCAGUUAGGACACUUGGAUAUGACAUGUGCAUGUCCUGUGCGUGGACAUAGAGAUUUCAUUGUGUUGCAUGUCAACGGAAUUCACCGCGUGAACAUUGACUUCUGUGCAUGUGACCAACGAAUUUCUCACCGCCGACAGCUCAUGCAAUGCGAUUGGUUUCCCUCGACAGUUCAUCAACCUCAAACAGCGUGCACCCGUCGACUUCUCGAGCACUUCUUACUGCUUACGUGGUCUAGUAAAGUCUCCGCUUUCGAGUACUACCAAACUUUAGAGCGUCUGACAGAUAACACCGGUAUUUCUGUUCCAAAGAGUCGCUAUUCAGUGUUUAUGCGGAUGGUCCGGGAAUAUCGCCACAUUUUACUCUUGAAGCGAGGUGGGCGAGGGCAUGUGGAAAACGGAAUCGCUGAUGUACAACCAGGUGAACUCGCGUUACAUUGCCCUGCAUGCCCACAUCCUGGAAUUAACCUACCGAGAGGUUGGGAGACCGUAGACCCCUCCCUAAAGUUCCUCUACUACUUAAUUAUUGCCAUGGACGCCAACUUUCGUCUGAAGAACAGAACUCGAUUGUCGGAUUUGGUGGACCCCGGCAUGCAUACCGGUCUUGCAUAUUUUGUUGCAACUAAGCCCUACAGUGCCCAUGUGUUGAAAUUUGCCUCCCAGAAAGAUGUUAGUACAUGCAGCGGAUUUAGUGCUCUGGCACAUGCUGAGUCAAAAUUCUUGAACGGACUACGGGCCACAGGCGUCGGACUCUGCCUAUGUGCACGUCAUGAAUUCGUGCGCCCCAAAGGGGUGGGUGAUCUGCAAAAGGGCGAACGCUUCUGCAACAUGGAUUUCAUUUUUUUUUCAACUAUCAUCCCCCUUCUUCUUUUGAACGUCGUCAUCUCCUACGAUAUUGCUUGUCAAUGGAAAAUCCACCUCCUCGACAGGAUGAACAAACUUCCCGAGAAUAUGCGUAUACCUGUCGCAGUCGCAACAACAUCGUUCAUGUUUGGGAUCCCAAAGUUUCAUGCCAGUGCCCAUGACGACAGCUGCUCUAUUCCACAUUCGCUCAACCUCAUGCCAGGAGUAGGGCGAACAGAUGGAGAAGGCGUUGAACGGAAUUGGGCGGAGAUGAACCGAGUCGCAAAUAGCACGAAGGAAAUGGGUCCUGGUGCCCGACAUGAUACCCUGGAUGACCAUUUUGGUCAUCAUAAUUGGCGUAAAUUUGUUGGCCUUGGUCUUUCAUUACGAAAGAGACUCGUAACUGCGGUCAAGGAACGUGAUUGUCAACAGGCUGCAUUUCAAGAGUUCAAUCUCGCAGUUGGCACAGCAUACCAGAACCAGUGGACUGCGAUGGCCGAGAGCUGGGAGGCGGACAAGACACAGCCAAACCCAUUCACAAACAAAGAACGUGGUGUAUCUGAAGCUGAUGUACGCGCCCACUUUGCUGAGCAGGAUAAGACUGCUGCUAUGGAUGGAAGAUUUCACCAUCACAACAUGAGCCCGAGCGUAUUUAUUGCAUGGGGUUUAUCAUUAGAAGACUCGCAAAGACAUCUACACUUUGAAAUAACUGAUGGGACGCUGUCCUCAUAUCACCAAGCAGAGUUGCAACGGCGCCGGACUUCACUUCUUAAACAAAUCCAUCGAUUUCGGUCCGUGCAGGCCAUCUACAUGGUCGAUUUAGAGAAUCUUCUGGAGCAGAACGAUGACGGCUCUUUGGUAGAAGCCGAAAACACCAUUCUCUUGCUGCCAUCCAGCAUAAGCGCUGCGAUUCGGACGUUGACUUGCCAUGAUGAUAUUACCUGCAUAGAAGAGAAACUUCGCGACGCUCAAUGCCACGACUGUCUCCACAAACUCCGAAAUGCCCUGCGUGCCAGAGUUCAUCUCAUCAAACAUAGGAAUAGGGAAACCCGUGGUCAAAGGGCCAACACCCAUGCAGCAUCCAUAAUUGGUCGCUUGGAGGGCAAGAUCAAGAUGAUAGCUGAGAAGUAUCGCACCGCUCACGAGUGUUUGAUUGCGUUACGGGGGCAUGGUCCAUGGGAGGGUGAACUGCGACCUCUCAAUGCUCAUGAUGUUCGGGGCCCGAGUGAGGAUGUCGGAUCACUAGAGAAUCCCUCUGAUAUCAUUGGACCCAAUGGACGUAAAUGGACCAAGAAGCAGUUGGCUGCUGCCAACAGACGUCUCGGACAAGGCUUCAUGCAAGUCUCGUGGAUAUGGACUUCGGUUGGCGUGUUAGGGGAUGACGACAAUGCCGGUUUGAAUGACGCACUCCGUGUGGAAUGGGUGAAAGCCCGUGCACGUGCCCUACGCUGGAAUGAAGAAGUUUUACUCCUGAAGGAAGAGAUGUGGCGCACACGUACUUAUCUUGAGUGGAAAGCCAGGUGGUGGGAGAAUCAUGCAAAAUUUGCAGUGGACGACAGCCUAUUAUCAGAAGGUAUUGCAGCGUAUGCUUUUCGGCAAGCAGCGCUGCAGCGUAGGCUUUCCAUUUCAUUUCUACAGCUCUGGUCUACUUCAUUAACGACAAACCAGGUUCAUACUUCCCACAUGCGCGUACCACUGCGAGCUUGGACCCAGCAGGAAGUGGCGUCGAAAGACGCAACACAUCGCUGA